GUCAAUUGUCUCGUUGUGGGUGGAGUGUUUAUUUUAUUAUAAGAUUAAACUUUAAGUUUUAUUGAGAUUAUUAAUAAUUAUUUUAAAAUCUUGUAUUUAAUUUAAUCGGUGAAAAAUAGAACUUAAGUUAAUCGUUCGAAUCGCAAUAACAUUAUAAAAAGGACCGAAAUGGCAGAAUUAGCAGCGUUACUUCAAACUGAUAUACCGGAAGGGCGGAACCAUCUUACAGACAGCCACACAAACCUUGAGAGGGUUGCAGAAUAUUGUGAAGCAAAUUACUUUCAAUCUGAAAACAAGAGGCUGGCUUUAGAGAGUACCAAAAAUUAUACAACACAGUCCUUAGCAAGUGUAGCAUAUCAAAUAAAUACACUUGCAUACAACUUCCUGCAGCUAUUAGAGCUGCAAACAAUGCAAUUGGCAGAAAUGGAAGGUCAGAUGAACCAUAUUGCUCAAACAGUGGCUAUUCACAAAGAGAAAGUUGCUAGAAGGGAAAUAGGAGUACUAACAGCUAAUAAGGUCACUAAUCGACAAUAUAAAAUAAUUGCACCAGCAAACCCAGAGAAGCCAAUAAAAUAUGUUAGGAAGAACAUUGAUUACACAGCUCUUGAUGACAUUGGCCAUGGGGCCCGUUGGAGCAGCGGCAGUAAUGGUACACCUCGCGGUCGUCGAUCUGGUUCUGCACCUGGAGCUGCUCCACUACCAGCUCCUACCACUAAACCUCCAACACCACCAGCAGUUGUGCGCUCCGCUUCUGCUGCUAAUACAGGCACAUUAGGGAGAGGCACACUGGGCAAGUCCUCCCGCGAGUACCGCACGCCGCCGGCCGUGGCGCCGCCGCAGGUGCCGUCGCACUACGCGCCCAACUACCCUCGCCGCCCACCCGGGUACUCCACGCUGCCCGUCGCGCAGCCGCAGGUUGGGAUGGUACAUCCAAAUCAGCACCAGUCACCAUCAAACUAUUCACAACAGGACCUACAUUCUAGUAUGCCACCCCCACCUUCUCCACUAAUCGGCUCAGACGGAGAACAUAGCCAACAUUCGAUGAGUCUCCCUGGACAUCGCGCGUCGUCGUCGUCGGCGUCGGGCGGCGGCUCGGCGCGCGGCGGCUCGGUGUCGCCGCCCCUCCCCCCGCCGCCGCUCGACGACGAGCUGGCCGCCGACGCGUUCGGCCGCCCGCAUCACCUGCAGAAUAAGAUGGGCAAUCAGUACACUAAUGCUGUGCCAGCAAUAGUACCUGAUGAGGAAGAUUUACCCGGUUGGGUGCCAAAGAAUUACAUCGAAAAAGUGGUAGCCAUCUACGAUUACUACGCGGACAAGGAGGACGAGCUGUCGUUCCAGGAGAGCGCCGUUAUAUACGUGCUGAAGAAGAACGACGAUGGCUGGUGGGAGGGCGUUAUGGACGGGGUCACGGGGCUGUUCCCGGGGAACUACGUCGAACCUUGUGUUUAAACUUUACCUACAUUUGUUUAUUUAUUAAAUUGUAGCUGAAUCAUUUAGUAUAUUACGGAUACUUUUUUUAUCUUUUUAUAUAAGUUUCUGUGUAUCCUGAUGUAUGAGUUAAAAAAAAAAACUGUUGUUAGGUCACGUGAGUAGCAUUUAGUUUAAGUUUGUAGAUUGCUCAUAUAUUAAUAUAUAUCUUUAAAUGAUAUUCGAAGCAUGUAAUCUUUAAUAAGAUGUUUGUUUAAUUAUGCUCUCAAAAUAUAUUUAAGGUAUAAGUUUCGAUUCAAUCAUUUAUUUCGAAAAGUUAACGGCUAUACCAAUAAAUAAUGUUUAGAGGGUAUUUCGUUGAAUAAAGUUGUCCGUUGAAUGUCAAAUCAUGCAUUCAAUGACAAUAGAAAAUUCCGUGAUUUAAUGAAUCACUUGCUGAUCAUAAGUAAUAUCGUAAGUCUCUAGAAAGUUUAAGAUGUCGUAUUAAUAUAAUAUUUAUAGCAAUAUAAAAAAUAGCUAUCGUGAGUUUUAACAGUAAUGUAGUAUAUUAUAAUUUUUUGUUUUAGAUAUUAAACUACUUCUCGGUCUUUCCAUUAUAAUAUGAACUGUAAUUUUACAAAAUAAUGUAGGAAAUAUAAGUAAUAAUGAAGUUGUCUGUGACAGUGG